GGGUUCAAGCAUUUUUAUAUUGCAAUCGAAGCCGCGCAUUCACCACUGAAUAGGCCCUCGGACCGUCGCAUUCGAACAAGGAUCGAGGAUUGUCAGCGCAUCUGAGCUCGAAAGUGUUGCACGGCGGGUUCUGGAACAAGUGGAACAGCAAUUGCGAAGGAUUUUUAAGUGAAGCGGAGGUGGAUGGUAAAACAAUGACGUUAAGGGGAAAUGUGGAUUGAGCAGAUCCUGCUGGUGUGGUUGUGUGCUCCAGAAUAGUAGCUGCAAUGUUCGCAACCUGUCUUCUUCAUUCCUCAGAAGUUGGCCUUUUAUUUGGCGGAAAUUUACACCGACAGGGCAAAAAGUCUCUGGAUUUUGCUCCUAGAGAUUGCAGACAUGUGUGUGGUGGGCAGGAGGGAAAGGGCGUGGAGAAUCCAUGGCGGAGUUCUAACUUGAUGCUGAAAUGAUUCUUCUCGUGAAGUUGAUGAGAAAAGCUUUGUUGGACUGGUCGUAGCGGCAGGUUUCGACCACACGAAUGGUGGCUUGUAAGUUGGUUGGAGUUCGCUGGUACGUGCUUCCGAGAGAGAGCGAGAGAGAGAGAGAAUUGAAAUGUUGUUCGAAGUCGUGACUGGAAUUUGUAUUGUUUUAGGUUGAAAUUGCUAUCGGUCUGUUCUGAACGUCUGGAUGUGUUAAUCAGAUGCACAUUCUUGCUAUCAAAGUUCAGCGAACUUCUUGGUCUCUUGGCUCGUCUGUUCAAUUUGGUCCGACACCUUCUUUUUGGUUUCAAUGGCGACUGCUCGGUGCACAAUAGUUGCAUCAAUUCUUCAGGUCCGCGACUUUAUAGACCAGGCGUCUCGCUCUCAUCGUGGCACUCGAAGAUUCUGUAUAAUCGAGUCUCAAAAACAUUUUCGCGCCACGACUUUUCGCCGGAUUCACCCAAAUUUGACGACAAUAAAGCGCUCCCAGAGGACCCGAGCAAUGUACGCCGAUGAGGACGAGGAUUACCUGAUAGAUGCGCCUGUUUCGGCAGGAGAUGGCUUUUCUUUUGCUGGUGGAAAGUACUCCGAUGAGCUUGGGCGCGCAGAUGAAUGGUUUGCUCGUGGUAAAAUGGUGAAGGCAUAUCCAGUGGAAGGGGGAUUGGAGAAAGCCAAGGACCCUCUUUUUGGACUUGCUAUGGGCGAAGCCUCUCAGACAUCAGAUGAUUCUUUCAGAUGGUUUUACGUGGAGGAAGGUGACCGGAAGAAUCCUACCGUUCUCCUUGUUCAUGGGUUUCCUUCGCAGGCAUACUCGUACCGGAAUGUGAUGUCAGAUCUUUCUUCUGACUAUCACGUAGUCGCCUUUGACUGGUUAGGGUUUGGAUUUUCUGACAAGCCCCAGCCCAAGUAUGGAUUCAACUACACUACAGAUGAGUAUGCCACGGCAUUGAAGUUGUUGGUGGAUGCCUUGGACUUGAACAAUUUUACUCUAGCUGUUCAGGGAUUCUUCGUUCCAGCAGCAUUGCAGUUUGCAAAGAACAAUGAAGAGACUGUGAAGCAGCUGAUAUUGAUCAAUCCACCUGUUACAGAUCAGCAUACAAAGCUCCCCUCAUCGCUAUCUGCUUUCUCCACGUUCCUCCUCGGCGAAGUUUUCGCUCAAGAUCCUUUGAAGGCAAGUGACAAGCCUUUGACGGACUGCGGUCCUUACAUACUUGAUGAGGAGGAUGCUGUGGUCUACCGCCGACCAUAUCUUACCUCUGGGGCUUCUGGGUUUGCUCUCGUGGCCAUAAGCAGGAACUUGAAGAUUGAGCUGAAGGUAUUUGUGAAAGAGUUAAAGAGAAUUCUUUCACCUACGAGCUGGAAGAAGCCUGUGUCUAUCGUUUGGGGUCUGAAAGAUAGAUGGUUGGACUUCAAUGGCGUUGAGGCGUUUGCUAAGUCUAUCAAUGCAGACCUGGUGCAGCUUCCACAAGUUGGCCACCAUGCACAAGAGGAUUUCGGUGAAGAGGUAGCGAAGUCAUUAAAAGCUUUGAUAAGGAGAAGAUCCGUAGUGUAAGCGGCCUAGGUAUUUACGUGUUUAUGGAUACCUGAGGAUUGUUUCCCAAGUGUUUGUAGGGUCUUCAAUGCCGUUGAUUUUUCAUGGUCGUGCCCCCAACCAAUCAUUAUUCUCUGAUGUUGCCGUUCUUAUAGUAGAAUCCUUAUACUUUUUGAAGCAUUUCAACGUGUUUUUAACAGUAGAAUAGAGAAAUGAUUGUAAUCCUCGUGUGUUUUCUCAGAAUUUAAGCACGUUGUGCACCAUGACUGAGUGACAGCAUUUUACAUUGAA